AUGCUCUUUGUUCUCCUCAUCGUCAUCCUCCCCAUCAUCUACCUUAUCCACAAUUACUUCACCGAUCCCCUCUCUCGCAUUCCCAACGCCCAUCCCCUCUCACCACAUACCACCAAAUGGAUAACCCACCACCGCAACCGCACCACAGAAGUGAAAGCCAUCUACACCGCCCAUCGCGCCCGCGGGCCCAUAAUCCGCCUUUCGCCCACCGAACUCAGCAUCAAUUCGCUUGAAGGCCUGCGAGCGAUCUAUACGCAGGGCGCGUUCGAAAAACAUGCGUUUUACGCUGAGACCUUCAUCAACUUUCAUACGCCGAAUAUGGUAGGUAUGCUGGGAAAUAAAUCUCACGGGGAACAGAAGAGGUUGCUGAGUGGGGUUUAUGCCAAGAGCUAUCUGCUCAGGUCGGGGGAUGUUAGGAUUCUGGGGCGGGAGAUGGUAGUUAGGAGGCUGGGAGAGUUCUUGAAGGGAGUCGUUGCUGAGGGUGAGGUGGUCAAUGUGUUGCCUGUUUUUCAGGCUGUGGGUAUGGAUUUUACCUCUGGGUUUGUGUUUGGAGCGCAGGGUGGGACGAGGUUCUUGGAGGAUUUGGCUUCUUGGGGAGUGUGGUUGGGACAGUAUGAGGUUUUCAAAAGCAUGAGCAGGGAGGAUAGGUUUAUGGGCUUUGUGGAGAGGUGGUGUUUGGGGUUGUGUGAGGGGGUUGGUCUUUCGAAGGAGGAUGGAAGCCCGGUGACGCAGGCUGUGGUUUAUGAUCGGCUUUGGGAGGGAUUGGAGGAAAAGAAAAAGGUGUCUGGCGAGGAUAUAAAUGUGAAGUUAGCCGUUGCAUCGGAGAUAUUGGAUCAUUUGGUGGCGGGGCAUGAGACGACUGGUAUUACCAUCACGUAUAUCAUGUGGGAGCUGUCGAAGACGCCGGAUUUGCAGACAAGACUGAGAGAGGAUCUGACUACAUUGUCUGGGUCGUUAAGGCAUACUGAGGAGAUGGAAAAAGAACUGCCUCCGUUGGCAGACAUCGAUGCACUUCCGUUGCUGGAUGCCAUCGUCCGGGAAACUCUCCGACGACACGCACCGGCUCCGGCACCGUUAUCCCGGGUGACUCCACCAGAGGGAGCAUGGAUACAUGGGGAUUAUAUCCCCGGCGGAGUACAGGUCAGUUCGUCUGCAUAUUCACUGCACCGGAUUGAAGAAGUUUUUCCGUCUCCGGAGGAGUGGAUUCCCAUGCGUUGGAUGGAUGCGAAGGAUGACAAGAUCCAUGAUAUGCGGCGCUUGUUCUACCCGUUUGGGACUGGAGGAAGGAUGUGUCUGGGGAGCAAUUUUGCACUUCUGGAGAUCAAACUAGUUAUAGCGAUGAUUUAUGCCAACUACUCACCCGAGAUUGUGGAUGAUGAGGAUAUCGAGCAGCACUUAGAGUUUAUUGCGUUGCCAAAGGGGAGGAAGAUGAUGGUGCGGUUUGUUCCCGUCGAGGGUAGUGCUUUCUAA